CACUGUGACAACAGGCAGUGGAACCGAUGGCAGGGGGGGCCUGACUGACUCACUGCAGGCUGACACAGGACUAUAUAUAAUGUCUGGGGGACAGACACACACACACAACAGAAUAACAACCAACAAAUCAAUUACACUGUCUGCGGGAUCAGAGCACCAACUCUAACAGCCAUGUCACAGCCAGGCGAGGUAAAAAAGAAGAAGCGCCCACCGAUGAAGGAAGAGGACCUCAAAGGAGCCCGCAGUAAACUGGGACUGAAGGGCGAGGUUAAGAGUAAGACCUAUGAGGUCAUGGUGGAGUGUGAACGCGCGGGCAAAGUUGCUCCAUCUGUGUUCAGUGGUGUGAGGACAGGAAAGGAGACCGUGCUUGACCAGCCCACAGCUGCCAAAGCUCCUGGAGCCAGUGUGUUCAGCAAGUGAAGCACACUGCAACCUGAAACCAAACAAAUAGCACAGGAUGAACAUGCACACUGUUGGCUUUGUGCUUCAGACUCAGAGACUUUUAAGUGUGUGCUUCUUCCUGCUUUAAUGAAAAAUAUAAGAAAGAUUAAUUGAAGACAGAUGAAUGUGGUUCAUUGCUAUGAUUAUAUAUUUUGAAAAAUUUUUUUGUUUUUUUUACUCGUGUUCAGCAUUUUCCUAAAUAAACUCUCACUGUGACAAGCAACCUUAAGACUUUUAUUUCAACAUAUUAUAAUCUGCUUAUUGUAACCCAAUUAUUGUAAAAGUAAAAAAAAACAACCCACUUUCGAACAAAUGUUUUUUAAUGCAAAUGUGCACAUCUGCACCAAAAUACAAAUGUGUGAUAAAUCCUGAUGUUCUAUUAUUGUA